AAAUCACCAGAAGAGGAAAAGAAAUAGUAGAAGAAGAAGAAAAAAAAACUUCCUGCACAGGUGUUAAAAGGCAACAUAUUUCAAAUAUUAAUGGCUUGACGCUAAAUAAAUGUGCCGAUAGUGAACCGAUUGAAGCUCAAGAUGAACUACGUACCAGGGACGGCGAGCCUGAUAGACGACAUCGACAAAAAGCACCUGGUGCUGCUCCGAGAUGGCAGAACUCUGAUUGGUUACCUCAGAAGCAUCGAUCAGUUCGCUAAUUUGGUGUUUCACCAGACGGUGGAGCGCAUCCACGUGGGGAAGAAGUUUGGAGACAUCCCGAGAGGAAUUUUCAUCGUGAGAGGGGAGAACGUGGUUCUGCUUGGGGAGAUGGAUGUGGAUAAGCCCUGUGACACCAUCCUGCAGCAGGUCUCCAUUGAAGAGAUCCUGGAGGAGCAGCGGCUGCAGCAGCAAGCCAAGCAGGAGACGGAGAAAGUCAAGAUGCAGGUCCUGAAGGACCGAGGCCUUUCCAUUCCCAAAGCAGAUAACUUGGACGAGUACUAAAACAGCCUCUUUUUUUUUUUUUUUUUUUGUCCUUUCUCUGCUUGUAUGGGACUGAUGCCUUGUAUGUUUGAUCCGAGGGUAUUUUGUGUUCUGUGAGCAAAAUGAUCACGAUGGCUCUAGUUACAGUGCUGGUCAAUUUGAAGAGGAAAAAGAGUGAUCGGUUGUUCUGUUUGGAAAGAUCCUGGCAGCAAAGUAGAAAAAAAAAAUGUUUUUUCCAAAUUACUGUUGGUAGUUUUGAGUUUACAAAAGCACUUUGUAUUUUUGUCACAACGUGGUGAGCUUUUAUGUUUGAGGCUGUCUGUGAACAACGAGCACUACUUUCUCAAAUAAAUGAUUAGUUUGUCAUUAUGGGAGCUUGUUGAACAAAUAUAGAACCACAUCUGAUCAUU